UUCACGCUUCUUCAGGUCAACAUGACAAAGCUGGAUUAACACUUUGGCCGCACAGCAGACUAACAAUCACACAGAGUUAAAAAUAGACAUCUGGCCCUGGAAUGAAAAAUCAGAAACUAAUCCUCGGUGUGUGAGCGAGACAGACAGACAGACUAACCGACUGAGAGCAAGCCUGUAGUCUAUCGGUUAGUUAGAGGUGAUAUGUGCAGUCCGUGAAUUGUACCGUGAAUUGUCAUUGUGGGUUGAGUUGGGAAACAGAGGGGGGUUGAGUUGAAUGGGUUGUUCUCGAUCUUCCAGGGAGAGCAGAGAGUAAGCACAGAUUACCUGAACAAGUUUGGGAGCACCUGACAUAACCAAUUAAGCCGCCAUUCACCAGAUUGUAUGUGUGCGUGUGUGUGUGUUGAGAGAGAGAGCGAGAUGGAUAGUAGUGUGUGUGUGUGUGUGUGUGUGUGUGUGUGUGUGUGUGUGUGUGUGUGUGUGUGUGUGUGUGUGUGUGUGUGUGUGUGUGUGUGUGUGUGUGUGUGUGUGUGUGUGUGUGUGUCCAUGCGCAUGCAUGUCGUUGUACGGCUGCGUGUGCGUAAGGGAUUUAGUGGAUUGCUGGCGGAGAUUGUGCCUCAUUCCGUCCUCUCUCUAAGCUCAAUAGAGCAGACAUCAGACGGCACACGCAUACAGAUGGGAAGGAAGAACGCUUUCUAGUAGCGACAUCGCGACAUUCUUCACAACAUACAGAUGGGAAAGAAUAACGCUGUCAAGAUCAGCCAGCUGUAGCCACAUUGCCUUGCUCUUCACCUGAAAUGUGUCCGUUUCAACCUGAUGGGCCGUGGUAUUGAUGUGAAGGCAGACCCAUUUGUGCCUUUCCACAUGGACCACUCUCCAUGUUGUCAUUUGUGAGGAGGGUUGACUGGACUGGGAGUAAGCGUGGAUUGAUUUGACCUGCUGGAAUGACACAGCUUAUGUGUUGUGUGGUUGCGACAAGUCAUGGACUCUCCAUGUUGCCGUUUUGUGGUGAGGUCAAAGGACAUGUGGGGAGUAAGUAUUGGUGGCGGUUGCUUUGACCGGCUGACUUGAGGCGUACUUGUGUGUGUGGUGACGCGGGGAAGUCGUGUCGCGAUGCGGGAGCCGUGUCGCGUGUGUGGCGUGCAGCUGUUGGGCAACCAGUGCCGCUGGCUGUUUGGGGCAUGCGGUCGGCGGCGCCUGGCCGUGCUGUUGGCACGGGCGCUGGGCCUGGUCGAGCUGAAGAGGGACGGGCGCGGCGAGCUGCUGUGCGCCAAGUGUGUCUUCCUGCUGGAGCGGGUCCUGCAGUGCGACACAGAGAUCCGGCAGGUCCUGGACGCCCAGGCCGCACGCGUGCAGCAGCUGCAGGCCGAGCGCGACGAGCUGUGUGUGCGCGUCCGACGCAAGUACCUGCAGAACAACCCUCCCGAAGAGGAGGAGGACGGGGAGGAAGAGGAGGAGGAGGAGAAGAAGGAGGAGGAGGUGGUGGAGGAGGAAGGUGACAGACGGCCAGCAUCCACUACACUGGUGUCCAGUAGACGGCCAUCCAGUACACAGCCGUGCAGUAGACGGGAAUCCAGUACACAGCCGGCCAGUAGACGGGAAUCCAGUACACAGCCGGCCAGUAGACGGGAAUCCAGUACACAGCCAGCCAGUAGACGAGCAUCAAGUGCAAAGCCCUUCAGUAGACGGGAAUCCAUCUUGAAGGCAGAAUCAGUACAGCUGGAGGAACCGUCUUGCACGCAGUCAGAACAGGAGCAGAGUGAGCAAGGCAAUGAGGAGGAGGAGGAGGCGGCUCAGAGGCAGCAAGAGGCUGUCAGUCAGAGCCAGCACCUCCUCAGGCCUCCAUCCAUUCAGGAACCGGAGGCCAUGGACACCACCACCAAGGAGAUGAUCAUGGUGGCCAAAGUCUUCUCCAGGGCCAAGCAUCCUCGAGCAAAGUGCCGCGGCUCGCUGAGCAAAGUGCGUUCGCCGCUCCCCCUGCGUUCCAACACAAUGCAUCCGAGGCUGAGGGGCCAGAGCAGCGAGUACUCGGCCCUUGUGCACCAGAGGAAGAUCCAGAUCCAGGCAAAGGCGGCCGUUUCUCUCUCUCUGGCCCAGAGGCGCUGUGUCUCCGUCCAGUCCUUCCACAGUGUCCCUCCAGACUACACCUGGAACGCACCUGUCGGGGCCGGCGUCGUGGAAGGCCCAUCUCUCCUCUCUGAUUGGCUGCAGCUGGUGAGAGACACCCAGCCGAGGCCACUCCCUCUCGUGAGGAUCAGCAGGAUCCCCGUCCUGUCCCAACGCGGCCGUCUCGUUCCCGGUGCCAAGCGCAGGGCCAGCCGUCCAAUCACGGAGCAGCUCUUCAGGGAGAUGGAGGAGGACUUUGACGAUGUGUACACGCCCAUUGUGGUGGCGGUGCCUGGCAUCCAAAGGGAGGGAAACAUGUGGACAGAGACAACAAGAGUAUGUUGGUGUAGUUUGUGGCUGGAUCUGUGUUUUUCGUGUGAUUCCGGUGAAUGCUAUAAACUUCACUGCGAAUAUUUCGGUUAUCAAUGUGAAAAUGCACGUGCGCACUGAAAG